CACAAACACACACCCAGACACACAGAGACACACAUGCACACACACACACACACUCACACACCCCAAUCCCUCUUCUGGCAUGGGGAAGUGCAGACUCACAUGACCCGAGAAGGAGGAAGAAUUGGGGGGCAGCCCUGGGAGCAAACCGCAUCAAUCUUUCCCUGUCCACUUCCCAUCGCAGGGAAUAAAGUCUCCUGGACACCCCGACUCCAGCCCAGAAACCCAGCACCUCUUCCUGACCAGCUGCCCGGCCGGGGUCUGGCCUGGGAGGGCGCCCGCCAGGAUGGCCGUGUGGGCCGCGCUGCUGCUUCUCCUGCUGCCUUCGGCUGAUUGCUUUGCCCCGGCCCCUGCCCUGCGGUUUGUGGCGGUGGGGGACUGGGGAGGGGUCCCCAAUGCCCCCUUCCACACUGCUCGGGAAAUGGCUAAUGCUAAGGAGAUCGCCCGGACCGUGCAGACUCUGGGUGCCGAUUUCAUCCUGUCCCUAGGGGACAAUUUCUACUUCACCGGUGUUCACGAGGCCAACGACAAGCGCUUCCAGGAGACCUUCGAGGACGUAUUCUCUGACCGUGCCCUUCGCAACGUUCCCUGGUACGUACUGGCUGGAAACCACGACCACCUGGGUAACGUCUCGGCACAGAUCGCCUACUCGAAGAUCUCGAAGCGCUGGAAUUUCCCCAGCCCUUACUACCGCCUGCGCUUCAAGAUCCCACGGACCAAUAUGUCUGUGGCCAUCUUCAUGCUGGACACGGUGAUGUUGUGUGGCAACUCCGAUGACUUUGUCAGCCAGCAGCCGGAGAUGCCCCAAGACCUCGCCCUGGCCCGCACCCAGCUGGCCUGGCUCAAGAAACAGCUGGCAGCAGCCAAAGAAGACUUCGUGCUGGUGGCCGGCCAUUACCCGGUCUGGUCCAUCGCUGAGCACGGCCCCACCCACUGCCUGGUGAAGCGGCUGCAGCCGCUGCUGGCCGCACACGGGGUCACAGCCUACCUGUGUGGCCACGACCACAAUCUUCAGUAUCUGCAGGAUGACAACGGCGUGGGUUACGUACUGAGCGGGGCAGGAAACUUCAUGGAUCCCUCCGUACGACAUCAGCGCAAAGUCCCCAAUGGCUACCUCCGCUUCCACUACGGGGCCGAGGACUCUCUGGGUGGUUUUGCCUACGUGGAGAUCAGCCCCAAGGAGAUGAGCGUCACCUACAUUGAAGCUUCAGGAAAAUCCCUCUUCAAGACCAGCCUCCCCAGGCGACCCCGGCCCCGCUCCUCCAAACACUUGGGGGCCUGAGCCAUGCAGGGCCUGGAGGGUGGGCAUUAUGGGGGACCCUGCCCCCCCUUGAGGGAAGCCACAGAUACCUUCACAUAGGAAAGGUGAGGAGCUUUUUCUGAAUCAAGUAUUAUUAUUAUUUUUUGCUGCCACUCAAUAAAGAAAUAGUUGUCAAG